AAAACCGAUCGGAGAAUGGCAUUCAAACAACAACAAAAGAUGGCUGACCAUUCAAACAAGCUGGAUAUUGUCCAAGCUACAGCUGCUUUAAAAUCCCUUAGAUCACUGAGAAAUAAUGUCGGCACACUCUUUCACAGCCUCGCCGAAGGUAUUGGGCUUCAGUCCGGGCAGGACAGUAAAGAGUCAAAAUUCGUUGCAGAAUUACAACAGCAGUUGGUCAUUGUGCAGACGGGUGUCAAGGAAUUUGAAGAAGCUAUAACAAGUGUUGAUUCCGUUCAAGUUCAGUUGGGUAACAGUGGCUACUUGAACCAAGAUUGCACUCCUGAUGCGCUAAAUCUGUAUGAAUCCCUCAUCACCUCAUAUAGAUGGACGGAUAAUCUGGCAGAAUAUUCUGGAUAUGCCACAACCCUUCUCAGUCAAAAUUCACUAAAACGAUCUACACUUAUCCCUGCAAAGAGAAGGAGGAUCCAACCUAGUAGCCAGAAUGUACCUCCACAGCAAAUCGACAAUGUUAUUAAUUCUCUCUGCCGUUCAUUGGGUGACAACAUGAAGAUUGAAACUUUCCGACCUUAUGGAUCAAGUACAGUGUUGCAGAUAACCUUAGGCAAGAUCAUGAAAGGCAUUGUGGUUCUCAAGAGAUUGAUGGUCGAGUGGGUCGUCGUUAAAGGCGCUACAGAAGAUUUGAUGACUGAAGAUGGGAAAAUUGAUAUGUGGGGUGAAUCCCGCUACAAGGUGUUCAAGAAGGUUACCGAAAACGCCAAUGCGGCCAUGCUCCAUUUCUAUUCACCAGCAUAUCCGGACCUAGCUAUCAGAUCAUUUUUAACAUGGUUCAACAGUUAUCAAUCGCUGUUUACAAGUCCCUGCAAAAAGUGUGGUCAUCAUUUGCAUAACCUUUUACCCCCUACAUGGAGGGACUUGAGAAAUCUGGAUCCAUACCAUGAAGACUGUAAACCUUAAAUACAAGGAAAAGAGAGAACAUA